UUCUACAAAGCUGAAAACAACGCAACAGGAGCUACCAUUUUCAAACCUUCCCAACAAAAACACACUUAAUGCUAAUGAUAAGCAAUUGCAAUUGAUCGGUACCAGCGUUUCUCCAAACUCAUUGCAAGCUUUUGAAACAAUGUCGACUAAUGUGCUGAGUCCGUUUAGUGAGGCUUUUGAUAAUAAUACAUCAAAAUCAGCCCAAAGACAACUUUUGCAAAAUGGAAACAAAAUUUCAUCUCACGAGAAAGGGAAGUCAGUGCAUGAUAACGCUCAUGAAAAUUCUAUGGCCCAGCAAAAUUGCUACUCUGUGCCAAAUGUGUUAGGACUUUCUUCCGGUACUUGCCCUAUAAAUUCAAAGCCACCGACACACACAAACCUUAAUUCGGUGUGUCAUUUGAAAAUGCAUUAUGAGCCCGUGAACUGUAAAGCUGUUGAAAUAUCAUCCAUGGUUCAGGAAAAUCCAAACAUGGCCGAAACUACCGUAGCAGACGAGAAAAAUGAAGCGAGAAACGAACGUUCUGAGAUCAAUAAGACAUCUUUCUUGGCAUUAAGUAUUCCGUCUCCUGUGAACAUCAAAGGGCCGCUAAAAGGUUCAAAGAAAGCUCCAGAUUUUCAGAAGACACUACGUAAAGCCCAACUAGAGGAAACCCAUCAUUCAAAUAAUAUAUCUACAGUAAGGGUCAUUACUGAGGAUGGCACUGUAACAUUGAAUACUAGCGACACCUGUAAGGCCAAACCAACGAUACUUGUUACGAAUCUCCGUGUUUCACCUACCAAACAACGUUCUUCACGCCCUCUUCCACCUACACCAACUCCUGAUCAAGAAAAUGAAUACCAAGCAAGCAAUAACAAUAGUGGAAGAGAAGCUGUUGAGCUUGAGCGAAUUACAACAAUUCAGACUCGUCAUUUAAUACCACAGGAAAAAACAUCAAUUUGUCCCAGCCCAGAGCUCCCACUUCCACCUCCUCCUCAAACAGAAGAUAUUAUGGUCCAGCCCUCAAGUGAUCCCCUACCUCCGCCACCCGAUCCUUUUGAAAUAGACAUGAUCGUUACUGCUACCACGAGCACGAAUCCAUACCAGACUUCCUGUAUGUCUCACAAAAGUGAAUCUAAAGAUAAGAAAUACAACACAGAAAGAAGUACGAGAAACGUCAUGGCUCAUCGACUCCAACUUUCUCCACCAUCCAAAGGACAUUUACCUCCUCAAGUUAAAGGGUAUAUGACACAUCAGAGUGCGUAUACAAACCAGAGUGCUUCUAGGUUUUAUGAUUCUUCUAGCGUCACAAGAAAACAUCCUGGGCUGCAUAAUGUAGCUGAGAAAUCUCGAGAAAAUCAGUUUGGUAAAGAGAGUAAUACCGUUUCUCCUUUGCACUUUCCUGGUUCCUUGCCAUCUCAGCUUGAAAACCUCAAUGUUAUUCAGUGUUCUCAAAAUGAUCAUUUUCUUGAUAGCAAGCAAGAAAACACGAUCCCAUGCCAUUCACGCUGUAUCUCCCCUACUUUUAGUGUUAAGCCUAACCUUUCGGAAAGAAAACUCAGUAUCAAUGUGAUUAGAGAUAAUAAUGAUCCCGACUGUCACGGUGCAAUUACCAAGACGAAAGCAUCAGAGGAUAACCUCUUUCAAGAUCACAAAAGUAUGAGCACCAAAAAAAAUGAUCAAUCACCUGCCGACUUGUUGAGAAGUGAUUGUUUGGUAUUGUAUCACCCAUUCUCUGAAUCUUCAUCUGUAGCGAAGUCAAAUGGUCUGACGCCUGUACACGUUUCACCUAGUCAAGACUUGUCAAGUUCAAGACGCCAACUGAUAUCUACUUCGUCUUCUGAAAGUUGUAUAUUUUCGGAACAUAGUAGCUCGAUUUCAUUUAGUUCAAUAUCAGGCUCAAACAGUCUCGAUUACUCACUUAAUACAUAUUCAAAUAGCAACUGUGUUAACGUUCUAAAAAAGCCUUUGAGUAGAAUCAGUGAGAGCAGUUAUCAAAAUAUUUCGGAACUAAGAGAAGAAAUGACGUCACCCAUCUAUGUUAAUAUACCCCUCUCUAAACAGGAGAUUGUAUCGCCGUCUUCUCAUGAAGUCAGCAGUGUUGAUGGUCUGUCGUCAACUUAUUUUAACCUCAGUAGUGUUCACUCAAAAAAAGAACACAGUUCUGUUCCAAAAGACACACCAUUUAAUACUAAGCACAAAACCGCAUCAGCUUACUUGAACAGUAGCAGUGGGCACGAGACAGAAAAUGAUUCCUCCCCAGUGCGAGAAGGCUCAUUACCUACAACCAACUUCAAUAACUUGCAUGAAAAGGAACAGAAUUCCACCACAGUGCCAGAAGACACACAAUGUACUGAGAAAACUACUAAGUAUAAGGUUUCAGAAGUUCAUUCAAAUAAUACCACUGGGCAUAAAAGAGAAUUAAACUUUUUCCCAUCUAUAGAAGAUGCAUCAUCUAUUGAGAACGUUACUAAGAAAAAAUUAUUACCAAUUUAUUCAUCUAAUGAUAUUGAGCACGAGAAAGAGCUGAAUUACUUUCCAGUUCCAGGAAAUGCAUCAUCUACGAACAAGAAAGUACCAGUUUAUUCUUAUAAUGCCAGUGGACACCAGAAAGAAAUGAAUGUUUCCACAGUUCCCGAAAAUGCAUCAUCUGCUGAAAGUAUAACCAAGAUUAAGAUAUUACCAAUUUAUCCAAGUAAUAGUUCUAGGCACAAGAAAGAACUGAAUUCUACACCACUGGCAGAAGACAUACCAUCUACUGAAGACAUUGCUAAGUUCAAGAUGUCACUAGAUUGUUCAGUUAAUAAUCCUGAACAUGAAAGAGAAUUGAAUUCGUCCCCAUUUCCAGAAGACACAUCACUUACUGAGAAUAUUACUAAGUAUAAAAGUAAUAACAUUGAAUACGAGAGAGAACCGAAUUCGCUUCCAGUGCUAGAAGAUACACUAUCUGCUGAGAAUAUUAAUGGACAAAAAACGUCACAAAUUGAUUCUAAUAUCAGUACGCUUUUCAUACUUUCCCCAAUACCAAAAGAAACUCUUUCAUCUGUCGGAAGCAACACCAAACACCAGAUGUCACCUACGUAUUCCAACAUUUGCCCUAUAGAUAAAGCGAAACAUAGUUCCUCGUGCGUACCUGAAGGCUUACUGUCAGCAUCAGAACAAGCAUCACAAUCUUACUCCACUAAUCGUACUGUAAAAUCGAAAAAAAAAGAAAAUGGUUUUGUAAAAGAGGAAAGUAGAGCACACCAUGAGCAUAACGCUAUGUAUAUACCUGCAACAAAUAAUACAGAUAGUUUGUCCAGCAACAACAGAAUAAGCAGCUCAACACAAACAACGGAUACUUCUACUCCUUUGCGGAAGCAGAAGACCAAAGAAGAAUUGGAAUGCGAAAGAUUAUCUCAAGCUUUUGCGAAUUACUGUGGGGAUGCAACCUUAAGAAAUUUGCUUGUACCAGCUUCCAACCAUAAAACUAUGUCAGACUAUUUGGAGGGACUGUUCAACCUAGAGCUUGAAAGGGGAGGUCAACCCGUAAGAAAAAUCACAACAACAAAAAUCACAACUUUGAAAGAUUCAAAAACACUUGGCUUCCAAACGUUUGAAAACAGGGAAGAAAAGGAACUCCCUCCAGACAGUGCUUACUUUACAACGUCGGAACCAAAAGCUAAGUUAUUGAACAGAUAUGGAAAAAAUCUGGAUUAUCAUCAGUUGGCCUCACAGGCAGACAUUACAGAGAAAAAGGAAGAGCUGAUACCAAGUAUUGACCGUAAAUUGCAAAUCCUUCGAGCAGAACAGACUGUUAUUCGAGAAGAAAUGGCACAGAAUGAAAGCCUGGGAAAGGGCAUAACAUCACGUAUUGAGAUACUUGCUAAACCUAACGAAAUAGAUAAGUACAAAUUACACGUGGAAGAAAUGGAAAAAAUUAUUAACUUGUUAUUAUCAAUCUCUGGGCGACUAGCACGUGCUCAAAAUGCUCUUAUGUGCUUACCUAAAGAUACUACGGAGGAAGAAAAGCGUGUGUUACAAGCCAAAUGUGACAAGCUUAGCUGCCAAUAUCAGGAAGCUUGGUGGUUGAAAGACAGUAUUAACAAGCGUAGUGAACAAGUAGCAAAGUUCCUUCUACAGUAUCUCUCUGGUGACGAAUAUGCGGACUAUGAACACUUCAUCAAGAUGAAAUCAAAGCUCUUAAUAGACACUCGUGAGAUUGACGAAAAAAUAAAACUGGGAGAAGAACAACUUGUUGCCUUACGUAAUAGCAUCAACUUUAAAGUUUCCAAUGUGAAUACCCCCGUUUCGGUGGCAACAUAAACUGUGUAUCAUUUGAGUAGUCUUUUUUGUCUACAAUAUUCAUCCAUGCGGUAUUGACGACUGAAAAAUCCCCCUUUUUUUUCCUUGUAAUUCUCUUUUUUUUCUUCUUAAAUUUAAGAUAUCU